AUGUCCUUGAUGAGCUCGUCUAUGGUCUUAUGCCACUGCUUAUCAUUCACUAGCCAAAACCCAGUCCCUGAAUCAUCAUCAUCAUCAUCAACAUCCUCUCUCGGUUACUCGAUUUCGCUGCGGGGUGAGAGAAGAAAGAGGCUUUGGAGAUUGGUUCCGAGUGCGGAGAAGAAGGACAGUCAUACGGGUAACAACAAGAGGAGGAGAAGCUGGUGGCAGAGGUUUUUCUUUGACGAUGAUGGGAACUGGCUUGGUUUGAGGGACGACGACAUUGUCGACGAGGCAUCUGAGCUUGAAAAGGAUGAGGAGAUGUCUGAUGAAGAGAAAUUCGAGACUUGGAAGAGACGAGCAGAGGCCAUCGUGGAGCUACGGGAAGGUAAGGCGGAGAUUGGAGGUAAUGAUGAUGGUGAUGAUGGUGAUGUGAGCAAGAAGAAAUGGGAGGAUUGGAUUGUGGAUUCGGAUGAUAGUUUACUCGAGUCCUGGAGCAGCCGAGACUCUUCCGGUGGCGAGGGAAGUGACGACAAAUCAGAGCUCGAUGAAUUGAUGGUUCCAGAGAGAGGGUUGGUUGAAACGGUGAGGGAUAUGGUUUUAGGAGUAGAAGAAGAGGAAGAUAUUCUUUACGAAGACCGUGUUUUUCGUUAUGCAUCUUCAAAAUCGGCAAAGUUUUUGGCGGUAUUGAUUCUUAUACCAUGGGCAUUGGACUUUUUAGCUCAUGAUUAUGUACUUAUGCCCUUUUUAGACAGAUAUGUGAAGACUGUACCACUUGCUGCGCAGACGCUUGAUGUGAGACGAAACCAGAAGCUAGAAAUGGUGAAGGAUCUGAAGAGAGAGAAAGCUAGGUACCGUCUUGAAGUGGAGAUUGGCAAAUCUCCACCUCUUUCUGACGAUGAGUUAUGGUGGGAGUUGCGUGGUAAAGCCUUGGAGCUGAGAGAUGAGUGGAGAUUAGAGAACCGGAAAGCAUUUGCCAACAUAUGGUCUGAUAUGGUGUUUGGAAUCUCCUUGUUCGUUCUUUUGUACGCCAAUCAGGGUAAAGUAGCAUUGUUGAAAUUUACGGGAUAUAAGAUUCUGAACAACAUUUCUGACACUGGAAAGGCGUUUCUCAUCAUCCUAAUCACCGACAUUUUCUUGGGGUACCAUUCUGAAUCUGGAUGGGAGACAUUGUUAGAGAUAAUAAUGGAACACUAUGGUCUUGAAGUGGAGCAAUCUACUAUUACCAUUUUCAUCUGCUUGGUUCCUGUUAUUAUCGACGCUUGUGUUAAGCUCUGGCUGUUUAAGUUCCUUCCAAGACUGUCUCCGAGAGUUUCCAACAUUUUCCAGGAGAUGAAACGUCAUUAA